AUGUCGCACACAGUAAAAGGUAGACGGAUAACUGAACCAGUGUUGAUUCAACGAGGGCCGUCACCUUUUGAAAAAUACGAUGAUCUCUGGCACCAUAUGAGAGAAGCCAAAUCAGACUUACGAAGAGCAGAAAGAAGACUAGAAGAUGCUGAAACUCACAGGACAGAACCGUAUUCACCUCUUAGCCAAGAAACAAAAAAAUAUACAAAUACAGAGCGUAAUGUUGCUGUUGACCGCGUGCCAACCGUUGAAUUGGGGACAAACAAAGGUUAUAAGGUACCUGACCACCGAGGGCAGUAUACUCAUGAUUUGAAUACUCGAACACCGCCGAGAAAGCAAGUAACUAUAAAAGACGAUACUGAAGUAAUAGAGAAUGACUUCACAACUAAAAAUAGCCGAAUUACAAGUGGUUAUCGAUCACAUAGUCCCGUCACAAACAAUGAGGAUAUCAGGCACACACUGAGAGAUGACUGGUUUCAAUCGGAGCGAUAUCAAGGACGUGCACUGGACGACUUUGAGUCGACUGAAAAAGGACGUUAUGCCAAAUUGGAUUCUGGAUAUAAACCAGGGAUGGAAAACCUUGAUGUGUCUAAACAAUCAGUUUCUAAUGAUACCAAAAUAUCUAGGUUUAAUAGCGAUGGACUGAGUAAAGUCAGAGAGCAAAUAGAAAAGCAGAGAAAACUAGCGACUAAAGAUGAAUCAGUAAACAGAGUUCGUCACUAUGAAAAUGAUCCAGUGAACUUUGUACCGUCAUCCGAAGUCUACAAACCCAAAGAAACAACAGUGUUGACAAGUAAGCAACCUAAAGUGCGUAAAGUAGCGACUGUACCUCCCCCCUCUACUUACAAAGGGUUCAAUGAAGCGGAGACCAAAAUAGUAACACCUGAUGGAAAAAUGUACAAAGAAGGUGAAAUGAAACGAAAAGUGAGAACAAGAAAACCUUCAAAAAAUGAAAGAAAAAAUGAAGGGCGUGCUUUACAGCCACAUAAAACAUCCAUGUCUAAUAAAACAAGUGUGCCAGUAACUGGAGAUGAGAAAAGAAAAGUAACAAGAAAGAUACAACGAGUGUCAGCUCCUAAAGACAGGAAACCACAUAGAAUUGACCACCAAGGUAUUAUCACUGCAAGAUCCUGGAGGGAAGGACAGAAAGUUGCCAUGAAAGUGUUAGGACCCCCUCCCAAAAAGAAAAUACAUGAACCAGUAAAAGAACAUAAACCAUUAAAAAAUAAUGAUGAUGAUGAUGAUGAAGUUAUAAUGCAAAUAGAACCGAGCAUGGAUCAACAUCAGAUGAAGGGAUCAGAUGACGAAGAGUUAUCACAGCAUACCAUAGAGUCUACUGACAAACCGACUAAUACGGCUGCUUUAUCUGAACAAGCUAAAGAAGUACUUGGAGACUUACACCUUGACAAAUCAGAUGACUCAGAUGAUGAACAUGAUGAUAAUAGAGGCACGUCGGGUUCUAAACUGAUUUCCAAAACCUCUAUGAAAUCAAAGAAAAAAGUUGGUGUACCUUCCAAGAGAAAACUUGGCAAAUAUAGUGCAGAACCGCAACUACCAGCUCAAAAAGUACGCCAUUAUGACAGUGAUGAUGUCCGAAAAUUUAUGAUGAAACAACAAGCAGAUCGAAAAAAAAAGCAACAGGAAAUGAAAAAACAACAACAAAUUCAAGAAGAUAAGAAAAAUAAACAAUUGGAAGAAUUGUAUAAAAAACAAAAACAUUCUGUGAAAGUUGCUGAUAGGAAAAAAAAUGUGUCAAGGAGAUUACUGGAUGAAACGUUUAGUAAAUAUCCCAAUGAGAUGCCAAUGCAUCAUCCAUUCCCACAGGAAAGGAAAAGGGUUGAAUUGAGUGGAUCUGAUAAAGAAAACAAAGGUUUAAAUAGUACAUCUAGUAGUUCUACUUACAGUGAUGACAGUUUAGUUCCAUCAACACCUGCAGAUAGAAGCCCGAGAGAGUCAAAACCAUUGAACACAGAAGUGAGAUCAUCUCCCAAACCUACCAUGAACCAGUAUCACCAUGAUGGAAGUCCAUUCCAACCUAGAAGUGAGGUAAAAGGUCAACCAGGUGCUAGGACAACCAGUAUUGAUAACUUGACAGGGAUUGGGAAAGCUGAGUUUGAUUUCCUGGACAUGAAAAGACGGCCGUAUUCCAGUAGUAUGACUGAUUUGAGAUACAGGAGUAACUACACACCAGGUUUUGGAGCAUCACACAGCGCUGGUCAAAGGAGUAAAGCGGAUCGUUUGGCAGCUAUUAAAGACAUGGCCUCUGCCUUGCAAGGUAGAAUUGAAGCUGAGGCAAGAAGAUUGGCAGGUGAUCUUGAUACAAGUGCAAACCGAUCUAAAUUGGAUGUAUCUGGAUCAGAAAGAUGGGCAUAUCCAACUGACGCCGUGCAUACAUCUCCACCAACCACCAGAUAUGAGAGAAUCUCUGGAGCACCAAUCGACUACUCUGUGUUUUCAACUGACCUACCAGGUAUUGGAAGCUUAUCAGAUCAUGCCAGACAAGCAUCUGAUGUGAAACAACAAGAUAAAGCGGCCACUAUGAUUCAGGCUGCAUACAGAGGGCAUCACGUGAGACAAGGUCUGAUGUGGAAAUUACCAUCUGGGCAUACAUUGGGAGAUCACAUACAUCGUACUGAAAGGACUUCACCUAUGAUAUCACCACAUCAUUCUGACAGCUCACUCAGUGACAACUAUGGAGAGACACGACCAAAAUUUAAAGAGUUGAUGCGAAGUGCUGAGCACCGCAGUAUUGACAGGUCGCAGCGCGUAAAAGAUUCUGAGAGUCCGUACCGAGAACUCUUGUCCAAUGCUUGCAAUAGAAGAGAUUACUACAAUCACCACUGGGACCAACCCAAAGCGGAUGGCUUCAGUGUUAUUGAUAUAUUUACAAGACGAUAUGAAGAAGCUGGCAAAGAUCAACCUCGGAAGGUGUCUAAAGAUUAUUAUUCCAGUAAACCGCAUGAGCAGUCUGUCAAUCAGUCGUAUUCAUAUGAAGAUGAUUUCACUGGUGCUAGUAUGUCACGAAGUCAUGCGUAUCAACGAUCACCAAGUCCAGCUGAUAAAACACAGCGAUCUUUGAGUAAAGCAGUCACUUACACCGAUGAUUUCACUGCUAGUUCAUCUAAUGCAUCAAAGAGAACUCCAAGUGAUCAAUCUUCCAAAAAGUCAUCUGAAAAGAGAACUCCCAAGUCUUUUAAUAGAGAGGACACUCUGGAGGAAGCGACAUAUUCGCACAGUUUCUCUAGUUCUGAAGAAGACACAUUGCGGGCUUCUGUAAAAAGGUCCCGGACGCCAAGUCCAAGGACGACAUCUGGAAAAUCUGGUGUUAGGUCUCCGGUUGCCACUGGAAACAAAUCUCCAGUUAGUGACAGAAGGUCACCAGUCAGUGAAAGGAAAUCACCGGUUUCAGACCGUAAAUCACCGGUCAAUUCCAGGUCACCUGUUACAAGAGACUAUGUUAAUGGUUUUCACCCUGUAGAAGAAGUGCCAGAAGAAAAUGAUAUUCCGUUGUCAAGGCAACAAAGAAGAUCAGAUGUUUUGUACAGGCCUGUGCCGCAUGGAAGACCAGUUACAGACGGCCCUCCUAGGAUGUCACCAAGUGCACUUGAACUCAAAAUGGCCGCUGAGCUGAAUCUAUUAGAAUCAAUGGAAGAAUCAAUGAGACAAUUAACUGAGGUAGAAAGAACCAGAGCAGUCUCCCUAGCUCAACAAGAAAGUGUUUCAUUGGCUCAAAUUUUGAAGGCAAGGCAACAGAGUCACGAGAGAGAACUACAGCUAUUAUCAAUGAAAGCUCGGCAAGAAGCAGAUGCAGCGACCCGUCAACUAGAAGAAGCACGCAGUAGAGCUGCAGCAUCGGCUGUGCAGGCGGAAAAGACGUUGGUGCAAGUAAGAAAGGAAGCACAAGAUGCCAAACUUGAUACUGCACAUAAACUGAUGCAGUCGCAGGCUGAAGCUGCAAAAGUCACUGCUGAAGCUGCCAAACAGUUAGCAGAGGCAAGACAUGCAUCCUUAGAACAAGUAGCGGCAAUGCAGAAAUUUGAUCCCACAAAAGUUGCCUCUGAAACGGCAUCUGCUGCUGCAGCAGCUGCAGUGACUGCUGCACUUGAAAGACAGCGACAGCAGCAGGUUGAAACCUGGAAAGAAGCAAGGGCUAAAAAAGCUAAACAACUGAGUGAAUAUUCAAUGACAGCAAGUUCAAGUCCAUCUAGUAGAGCUGAUAGUAGAACCAUGUACUUGUCUGAUUUCACUGACUAUAGCAGUACUACAACCAAAUCAAAACAACCCAAUUCACCACCUCAUCCUAGUUAUUCAGUAUCUGAUGGCUACAGAUCAGAAAAAUCUCCAGUGAAAGAUAAAGAAAAGAAAGACAAGGACGUGAUCAGUACGGCCUCGUCUUUGCAGACCGCUGUCGACUCGGCUAAGAGUAAUAGUAGUAUCAAGACAGCUUCGGAUGUGUCCAUUGAUAGAGAUAAUUCACAGAUCAGAACUGAUGAUUCAUCUAUUCAUACCGAUGUGAGUGUUGCCAAGGACUCAUCUAAGAGUGAAAGUAUUGCUGAGGAGAUCACAAGUGGGAAAGUGAGUGGAGAGGACUAUUCCAUGCAGUUUGAUUCUCACACCGAGGAUGAAAUAGAUGAGAAAUCAUUCCGUAUGUUACUGCCAUCAGAGAGUCAUCGGAGGAGGAGUUCUCGUGGCAACUCUGACCAUGCUUCAUCGUCUGAUGAGACUACCUUAACACAUGAUGCUUCCAAGUCACCUCAAUGGGGAAUGGAUGACAUGUCCUGUUCUCCAUUCAGUGCCGAAGAAUCGUUCAAUAAAUUUACUGCUGAAAUGGUACGUCAGUAUAUGAGAGAGGAAGAGCUACGUGCACAGCAUCAAGCAGCAUUACUCAGACUUCGUGAGAAAGCACUGAAAGAAAAGACAAAAGCCGAGAUGGCUUGGUUGGAACAUCAGAAAAGAAGAAUGAAAGAUAAAGGUACAGAUGAAGCCAUGCCUCCAAUAAGAAAGAAACAACGUGGAUUAUUGAUGAAACUCAAACAAGAACAGGCUGAGAUUGAAAGACUAAAAGCCGCUAAUAAAGCUGCCAGUGAGGAAAGAAAACUGUUAUUAUACCAACAACAGGAGAUAUCACGAAUUAAAAGAAGUGCACAGGCCUACUGGGAGCGAGUCAACGGCAAACCAUCUGCUGAUGAUGUUAAGAGUGAUGAUGAUAUCAGCUUAGGGCUUGAUGACUCUAUCUCUGAUAUUCCUGAAAUACUAUCUGAUGGAUCUUCCCCAAGUCCAACGAAGAUGGACCGAACGAAAGAUGACAGUCAGUUGUCAGCUUCAGAGAAACAAGCCAAAGUGAUGCAGAAAUUAAAAAAGAUGAAAAACCAGUCAAAUGAAAAGUUUCUUACGAGAAGAGAGCAACAACUGAUGAAAAGAAGACUGAAGGCAGAAGAAUUGUUGAAGUGGAAAAAGAAACUUGAUGAAGAAGAACUUAAAGUGCAGAGCAUGGAGAAAGAAGCAUUGAGACUGCUGGAGGAAAAAGCCAAAGCAAGCAAAGCAUCCAAGGAGAGUAAAGGAACUGACGGUAAACAGAAAGAAGCGGAAGAUAAAACAAAGAAAGAAAAAGAUAAACUGUUAUUGAUGAAAGAUGUUAAAGAUGAUAGUUCCAUUACAGAGGAUAUCAGCCAAGCUAGUAGUAUACCUGAAGAUAUACCUACAGAGUCUGCCACUGAUAAGAACAGUUUCCAUGUUCCAACUGGUAACGGUUUCUCAAGCGAUGAUACGAUAACUGAAGAUUAUGCAAAUGAGAAAUUUGAAUCUGCUGAUAACACAACGACUGUGACAAGUCGUGGGCUAACACCGCGUUCUAGGACCCCGCGUAGUAUUUCUAUACGCUCUCCGUUGUCACCAGUCAGAGGUAGAAGAGAUGAAGAAAGCGGAUCAGAAGAAUCUUUUUCUUUGACCCAAUCGGAGACUACGUCUGAUUUGAGUGAUGUCGAGGGUCGCAUUACUGCUCUGAAAGAUGAACUGAAAAGGCGUAAAACAGAAGUUGAACGAUUACGAAAACAACAGAAAAAGAGACACAGGGAGAAAUUACGUGCUCAAGAAGCAAGUUUGAAAAAACAGUUGGAGGCGUAUGAGAAAUACAUUGAGAAAACCAAAGCAGACUUGGUGAAGGAGAAAAGUACUGAUAAAGUAACUGUCAAACCACAAAUCAAGCAACCUAAAGCAGCGGAAUCUCGUCGAAUAAAGGAUCAGACAUCGCCUAGGCAACAGAAAACCUUGAGUGAACUGGAUACCAGUAAAUUACAGACGAGUACGCCAGAGAAGAAAGAUUUAGACACGAGUAAAACUAGCAGUAGAUCCUCUGCUGAUGACCAAUCUGAGAGUUAUGCUUCAACUACAAUUCAAACUGAAGACUCAAGAACUGCAGACCCAAGUCCAAGACGUAGAACUGCAACACCAAGAAGUUACAAAGAAGACAGUGUUGAUAGCAUUAGUAUUCGUUUGGGUGAGGAAGGUCCAGAGGUUAUUACACCAAGACCGCCACCACCACGGUCACAGUCCCCUGAUUCCCGCCCAACAUCACGUCUUUCUGAUAUCACUGAUGCAUCAGAUAUUCCUGAAGACAUUCCACUAUCUGCUAGAAGUGCCAAGUCAUUGUCUGAAUACACAACACCAAGAUUGCCAGAUAUCCAAGAAAAAUCAGAUGUGUCUUCCGGGGAAAUUAAAUCCCAGUCUGAUAUUCCUGAAGAAAUUCCCAGCCAAGUGCAGGAUUCUGCAAUAACUGAAGAUGUGAGUAAAUCAGAGACACCAUCACCAAGAAUCUUGCUAAAGAGUGACAAGGAAGUGUCUGCCAAAGCUAGCCCUGAGAUGAUCAGGUUGCCUGAAAAAAUUGUCACAGACUCUGGGUCACAAGAACAAGAGGACUUGACACGGUCAUUUGACAAAUCUGAACACUCAGAAAGUGAGAAAUCAAAGUCGUAUACUUACAGUGAAGAUUUCACUUCUCCGUCACCGGCAAGUCCAGGAUCGAAAUCGGGCACUGACGAUGAGAUAAGUGAACUCAGUAUGCAGUCUUACAAGUCUUCCAGUGAAAAAUCAGAAGAGUUGGUUAUAGAUCUCAAAGCUGGCUUGGAAAGAUAUGAAGCGGAGAUGAAACCUGCUUUUGAAGGCAGAGCAAGUCCUGAUGGGAGCGUGACACCGGUAGAUGAUGAUAAAACUCCAGUUGCAUCACCUUCAGAGACGCCCACACCUAAAGAUGAUGAACUUAUACAUUUAAAUGUGGGAGACAGAGUUCUUGUUGGUGGAGUAAAACCUGGCACUCUAAGAUUCAAAGGUUAUACAUCAUUUGCUGAUGGGAUAUGGGGAGGUAUUGAACUUGACAGUCCUAAUGGAACUAAUGAUGGUUCAUAUGCAGGAAAAAUUUAUUUUAUCUGUGAUCCUGGAUAUGGUAUCUUUGCACCACCAGAUAAAUUAAGUGCCAUGCCAGAUGGUUAUCGAUAUGAAGAAACUGAAUCAGACAUUGAAAGUAUUGAGGAGGAGAUGAAGUCCAGAAGCCCACAACGUCUGUCUCAAGAAAUGGACAUAUUUGAUGAAGAAAUCAAUAGAUAUGAGACAAGUGAAUCUUCAAAACAAACUGUCAAGUCAGGCACCGUUGAUGCUGGGAAGAAAGAAAUAUCUGAUGGAGAUUCUACUUUGGGCGAGAGUGAACUUGAGAGAAUUAUCAGUCAAUCAACAGAAUUUACUAAGUCAUCACAAUCGUCUGUUAAUGAAACAAGCUUGAGUCAAUCACAGAAGGAUAAGAUGCAUGGACGUACAAUGGAAGACGUUGUUGACUCCAUCACUGAUCAGUUAACAGUCGCUGUUGUCAAAGACACUUUGAUACAUGUUUCGAGUGUGUCAGAAAAGAAGUUAUCACCCCAAGAAAAGCAAACACCUUUGUUGGACAUGUUACUAGGGGAACAAGAACAGGUGGAUUCUAAGGACACAGAAACUAAAGGUGAUGAUAAGCUUGUUGAUAUUUUCACUAAGACUCUGCUAACAGAAGCUGUAGCACAGAUGCAAAACAUUAAACGACAAAGGGAUCAAAAGAUUGCUACUGCUGGUGAAGAAGAUGGCAGAAUUACUCCAAUAAGUGAGAUAGAUCCACCGUCUUUAGUUUCAGGUGCUUCUAGUCCAGAAAAAGAACAGUAUGACUCUCUUUCUCCUGUUUCUCGUAUGGAGACACCCUACACUCCAAGUCCUGUAGAUAACAAAAGAGAUGAUGAUGAUGAACCUCUCAGUGAUGAAGUGUUUGCAGAUAGAAUCAGAGUAGAGAAUAACCAGGAUGAUACAUCCUUCCCAGAACCAGUAGCUAGACCGAGUUCUCCAAUACCUGGAGAAACUGGCGACUCUCAGUGGAAGAUGUUAGAAGAGGAUUUUGCUGAUGUUCUUGGGGAUGGUGAAUGGUUUGAUGAUGAUUUUGGUUCGAUGCCUAGAGGUAACUCAAUUGUAAAUGUACCACAACGUACGCAUCCCGAUGGUGAAGACUCUGCCGGGGUUUCUCAGAAAAUAUCAUCUGGUGAGAGAUCUACAGGCGUCAAGAAGGUAGAACUGCAAAGACUUACAGAAGAACUGUUUUACGCUGUGCCUCACAAUAAGAAAGAAGUCUCCGGUCUCACUUCUGAAGCUGCAAAAGUGUUUUUCAAUCAGUAUAAAUCUGGAGAGCAGAUCUCAGACAUUGCUGUUCCAGACAGUUUUCUCGGCUCUGACACUAAAGGUUCCGACGUUGAAAGCACCAGCCUGGAUGAAGCCAAAAAGAGUAACUAA